GGUUUAAGAACCCAGAGGUUUUGAAUCAACUGAAAAAGUAUGGCGUCCUAUUGCACUAGAAAUCUCGUUCAACGAUCUUCUAACACUGCAAGAACCUUGUUGUUUCGAGGCCAAUCAUCGCAUUCAGUUGCCGCUGGACCAUCGAAGCUCAGUGGACUCACGCCCACUAUCCCUCGUUCGUCACCUCGUCAUCGCUCCUUUCUUUCUUCCAGGCUACCAGUUGAGCUAGGGUGUGGAGAGUCGCUGAUGCCACUGCAUUCGGUGACUGCAUCUGCAUUGCUCAACUCAAUGCUGUCUUCCAAGGUUGGGCAGUGGGGUUUUCUUUCUGAAGGCUUUGCAACGCCGCUAUAACAGGACCUUUAAAGGAGUUGCUGGGAAGAACCAGCAGAGAUAAUUCCAGGACCUUCAAUCGAGAUGCCGGGAAAGAUGGCCAGAGAUAAUUCCAUCCUUUUGACAUAAGAAUAAAUGUAACAUUAAAAUGGUUGUAUUAUUGGUAGAAUAUGAUCUUGUUCUGUACUUGCUCCUUAAUUAAACAUAUUAUGUGGCUAUUUAUGUUACAUUUAAGGAGGGCAAAACUCGCUGAUUGGUUUUGUUGUUUGUUGCACUCAGUUCUCUUUGCUAUAUUCAAACUGGUUUGUGGCUUUACGUAUUCUUCA